AUGCAUCUCCUCAAGUCUCUCGUCAGCCUCCUCCCCGUCGUGGGACUGGUCUCGGCCGUCGCCAUCCGCUCAAACGGCCCCGAAGUCGACCCUUCUGCAUCGGCUCCGGCCGCCGCCGACCCCAUCCCCCCCUCCGUCUCCAGCGGCCUCAACAACCGCGUCGCCACCGCUGUCAUCGACACCACCACCUCCGUGACCAAGACGGUCAGGACGACCGUCGCGACCGAGAGCCGUAUCAUCACGGCUACUUCCCGCGUCACCGUCGCGACGGAGAACCUUGUCCUCACCCACACCCAAAGGACCACAGCCGCCACCCAGACCCUGGUCCUGACCUACACCCAGCGGACCACGGCCUCAACUAGCACGCUCGUCCUGACCUACACGCAGAGGACCACGGCCGCCACCGAGACCCUCACCCGCACUGCCCGUGCCACCGUCGAGGCCUCGGAGACUGUGACGCACACCCCGACCGUCACGGGGGAGCCGACGACCGUCCACAACACCGUGACGGACGUCACGACGCUGCCCAGCACCGAGUACGAGACCAAGACGGAGUUCUCGACCGUCUUCCUCGACGAGACGACGACGGUGCCGACCAUCAUCUACGCGACCGAGUACUCGACCGAGACGCGCGUCCAGACCGUUGACGAGACCACCACCGUCGGCAGCACCGUCACCACCACGGCCACCGCCGUCGUCGACACCACCGUCUACGAGACCCAGGUCGCCGUCGUCGAGUCCACCCAGUACAACGUCGCCACCGUGCCGACGACCGUCUACUCGACCGAGAUCGUGCCGACGACCUCGUACGCGACAGAGAUCGUCAACUCGACCAUCACGGCCGCCGUCACCGAGACCGCCACGGCCACCGUCACCCGCACGGCCACCGUCACGGACCAGUCCGUCUGCCUGUACCGCUACGCCUACAUCACGCGCACCCAGACCGCGACGGUGGCGCCCAAGUACUUCACCUACACCGUCUCGACCGUCACCUGCCUCUCGGCCGCGCCCACGUGCGACUCCCGCACCGGCAACUGCAACAAGUUUGCCCGCCUGGUGCUCAGCGCCGAGCCUACCCCCGCUGCCUAG